GGCACUGCGGCUGUGGCUGUGCUGCUGCGCGGAGCCCUCAGUGCUUGCAGCUGACACAUGCCUCUGGCAGCCAUGAAUUGGCUCGGUCUCCUCAUCCUGCUGACCGUGGCUGGAAUGGCUCACGGGACAUGGGACAACUGUGGAGGGACCUGCGGACUCCGAGCUCCACAAUCUGUCUACAGCCCCAUGACUUAUUCCUACGGCAACCCGGCUUAUGACUAUGGCAUGACACGCGUCGUGGGUGGCACAGGUGCUGCGGAAGCAGCCUGGCCCUGGAUCGUCAGCAUCCAGCACCCCUGGGUACCAGGCCUGGGACAUAUGUGUGGAGGGUCCCUCAUCAGUGCAGAGUGGGUCCUCACAGCGGCCCACUGCUUUGAUGAUAUCAGUAACAUCAGCAUGGUCUACCUAGUGAUUGGAGCCACUCAGUUCACUCAGCCGGGCCCUGGGGCAGCAGUGCGCAGUGUCAAGCAGGUGCUGAUACACCAGUACUACAAUCCUGCUGACAUGAGCUACGACAUUGCCCUGGUGCAAUUGGACCAUCCUGUCCAGUGCAGCUCCUACAUCCAGCUGGCCUGUGUGGCUGACCCCACCCUAAGAGUCUCAGAGCUCAUCAACUGCUGGAUUGCUGGCUGGGGUGCCACUACUGCAAAAUCUCAAGAUUCAACUGAUCACUUGCAGGAGGCCAAGGUCCAGCUCAUUGAUCUCCAGCUCUGCAACAGCAGUGGAUGGUAUGCAGGGAAAGUCCACACCCACAACUUGUGUGCUGGUUACCCGCAUGGCCGCAUCGACACCUGCCAGGUAGGAGCAUGCCAUGAGCCACUCAACCCCCAGCAGCACUGGCAGCCAGGGCAGCACCGCCCCAACACAGCCCAGGGCCUGCUUUGCCAGGCCACUCAGUCACCCUCCCAGCCCCUGCUCCCCACCGACUGCUCUGGGGGCUUCCCACACAUUAUUCUCCUGGGCUGCCUUAUCCAGGUGUAG